UACAAAUAAAUUUGGCAUAAAUAUUAAACCUAAUUCAUUGCAAGUACUUUACACAAAUUAUUUUAAAAAUGUUUUUAUAUAUGUUACCGGAAAUGUUGACAAUUUAGGAAAUGACGACAAUUCCUAGUAAAUGUUGACAAUUCCUAAAAGCGGAAGGCAAUGUUAUCACCGCCUAGGAAUUGUCAUCAUUUCCGUAGUUUAUUAGGCAAUGUUAUCAUUAGGGCCCGAAAUUCGAUGAUCUAAAAAUAUAUAUAAAAAAAAUGCAUAAAAUGACAUUUAUUAAUUUAUUUUUUUUAUAAAAUGAUAUUAAAAAUGUAUAUUUUACUGUACAAAUUAAUAAAUAUUGUUUCGAUACAAAUGUGUGUUGGAACUACAGUACGUCUGAAUAUUCCAGAUGUAGAUCGUGCUCGUGGAUCACCAAGAAAUGUAUUAGCUGUUGUAACAGAAGUUAAGGACGAUUUAUACAAGCUAUGCACUGAAAGUGGACUUCUAAAACAUAUGUACACAAGAUCAGAAAUAAAUCCUUGCAAAGCAAAUUUAUUGGAUCUAAGUACUGUUUUAAAAUCGGCAGGUCAAACAGAAAAACCAUUAUCACUUCGGGAGGCAGCUACUGUAAAUAGUAUUUCAGGGGCACAAGGAUAUACCCGAUGUCAAUGUAAGACAAUAUGCAAGACGAACAGGUGUGCUUGCAGAUCGGCAUCUAGAAUUUGUAAUUCUAAAUGUCAUGGAAGUUUGCUAUGUGAAAAUAAAAAUGAGUAACUACGUUGCAAAUCAUAAAAAAUUUUUAAAAAGUUUAAAUUACAUAAAUUAAAAUGUUAAAAAAAUUCUUGUUUAUUUAUUGAUUAUUUAUUAAGGUGAUACUAGAUUAAUUAAUAAUUAUGUUUGAUAAAAGUAAUAUUUAAAUAAGUCAGAUUAAAUUUAAAAAAUCUGGCAUCUUUGCCUACUAUCGUUAGGAAAUGAUAACAUAUACUAGGUGAUGAUAUCAUUUCCUUCCGAUUUUAGGAAUUGUCAACAUUUACUAGGAAUUGUCAUCAUUUCCUAA